AAGUUGUGGCAGACGUCGGCAUGUGGAGUUGACGACUGCGAAACGUUAGUUUAUGGUUUUAUAGGUUCUUGUUUGUCCAUUGUUGGAUAUCGACGAUUAUCCAAGAAUGACGGACUAUGCAGAAGAACAGCGUAAUGAAAUAGAAGCGUUGAUGUCUAUUUAUCCAGAGGAAUUACAAAUUGUACAAGACUCACCACAUUUUGUAUUUCAACUGACAGUAUCAUCUUCAGAGUCAGAAGAACCAAAAGACCCAGAGAAUGAGAAUGACAUUGAUGAUCGAGUUACAUGUGUGAUACAAUUUACAUAUGCACCUACAUACCCUGAUGAACCUCCCCUGAUAGAAAUAAUUUCUUCAGAAAAGAUGGAUGAUGAACAACAAACCAAAGUCUUAGAUUUCAUCAAUGAACAGGUGCAAGAAAAUCUAGGUAUUGUGAUGGUGUUUACAAUUGUUUCUGCACUACAAGAAAAGUUGACUGUGAUGGUAGAAGAUGCCAAGAGGCUGGCAGAAGAGCAACGCAUUCAAAAAGAGAAGGAUGAUGAAGAAGCAGCAUUGAAAAAGUUUGAGGGGACACGCGUAACAAUUGAGAGUUUUCUAGCAUGGAAAGCAAAAUUUGAUGCAGAGAGGAAAGAACGGAAGCGGAUUCAAGGUGACCUGGACCUGUCAUCGAAAAAGCUUUCAGGGAAAGAGCUCUUCAUGACUGAUGCAACUCUGAAUGAUUCUGAUGUGAACUUCCUUCAAGAAGAAGAAGGUGUGGAGGUUGAUGAAUCCCUUUUUGAAGACAUGGAAGAUCUUGAUAUUGAUGAUGCUGACGAUGAUGAAGAUCCAGAUUGGGAACCAGACAAAAAUUAAUUUCAGUAUUUGCUGAUAAGCAAAUAGAAAACCAUGUUUUUGAAAUUGUAAAUAAAAAUGUGUUUUGUUUAA